GUCUGUCGAUCUUGAGACUUAGCUUCGCAUUCUUAAUUUGUCAAUUCGACGUCAAAUUAUAGCGAUGGAUUUGAAAAUAACUUGUGAGCACAAGAGAGCCUUCCACCGGCAUACACUGACACGCUCUUUUCAGAAGCUUAAUUUAUAACAAAAUAGCAGUCCUCUCUUCUGCAGUAAGACUCUUAACUCGCUCUCGCUCGCGCUCUCCCACAAGGGGCCUCGAAAACAGAGUGGUGAUGUUCCGCACCGUUUGAUCCCUCGCUCGUCCGCUUCUUCGCUUCCCCUCCUCCUCUGUCGCUUUCUUGCUGGUUUUGUUUCUUUUCUCCCCGUCUGUGAUCUCACGAAGCGCGAUUACUUUGAAGAGAAGCGAUUCCCCGAUUGAGUAAGAGUGAAAGAAGAGGAAGAGAGAGGAGGAGAAGGAAUGGCGAUCAGAUGGCUUGCUAGUUCUGGCUGCCGGAAUCGGAAUCUCCGAAGGUUUUGAGGAGACUAUUGAUCCAUGAUUCGUUUAAGGGAGAGGAUUAAGGGUUUAUCCCCAUGUACAGCACCAGAAGCAGCAGCGCCAACCACCACCACUACGACGGCGUCGCGCCCCCACGGCCCUGCGCCCACCUAUCGGACUAUAGAGAGAGGCACGGCCUCAAAGGGUUCCGCGUGCUGGCUCGAUGCCUGAGGAUUAGACCGCCGGGACGGGCGUCGAUCCGUCGGGACCCGAGGGAGGUCCCCCGCUGCGAAUCCUGCGGGGUGGAUGCCGGCCGGCUCUUCGCCUGUCUGAUCUGCGCUACCGUCUCCUGCUGGCGCCCGCCGGACUCGUGGCACGCCUGCGCCCACGCUCAGGCGCGGCCCGGCCAUGAGAUCGCCGUCGACGUCGACCGCGCCGAGCUGUUCUGCUGCGCGUGCCGUGACCAGGUGUUCGACCGGGACUUCGACACGACCGUCGUCCUCGCCCAGAAGGCUGCGAUGGAGCUGCCAAAGCCCCUGACCAACGGAACCUGGCCGUCCGAGAGGGCGAUGAGCCUCAGGAAGCGGCAAAAGGUAGCCGAUUACCGGCCGUGGGCGCCGGAUUUGAAGGAGAGGGCCUUGAUGGGCAGGGGAUCGGUGCCGCUGUCCGGUCGAAAUGGUGGCCCCUGGGGCCUCAGGGGGCUUAACAAUCUCGGUAAUACCUGCUUCAUGAAUUCCGUGUUGCAGGCAUUACUUCAUACUCCUCCUCUCAGGAACUACUUCCUAAGCGAUCGACACAACCAGCAUGCCUGCCUCCGUAAGGCGGCGCCGCGCCUCUGCCUCGCCUGCGACUUGGACUCCAUAUUCUCGGCCGUCUUCUCCGGCAAUCAGACGCCGUAUAGCCCGGCUAAGUUCCUCUACAGUUGGUGGCAGCACGCGGCAAACCUUGCAAGUUAUGAACAACAGGAUGCUCAUGAAUUCUUCAUUUCGAUGCUUGAUGCAAUUCAUGAACGAGAAGGGCCUUCCCAAUCCAACUCACGGAAUGGAGGCCAUGGCGACUGUGGCUGUAUCGCGCAUAAAGUUUUUUCAGGGAUUUUAAGAUCUGAUGUGACAUGUACAGUCUGUGGUUUCACGUCUACAACAUAUGAUCCCUGUGUUGACAUCUCGUUGGAUCUAGAACCAAGCCAUGGAUCUGGAAAGCUGAGCAACACAAGAUCGUACAGUGUGGAGACUGACUCGGUAGCCUCGAGCCAAAGCUUGGGCAUAUCUACCCUCAGAGGUUGCUUGGAUCGCUUUACAAGACCCGAGAAAUUGGGUUCCGACCAGAAGUUCUACUGCCAACAUUGUAAAGUCAGGCAAGAAUCUCUCAAGCAGAUGUCAAUAAGAAAGCUGCCUUUAGUUUCCUGUUUCCACAUUAAAAGGUUUGAGCAUUCACUCACUCGGAAUAUGUCAAGGAAAGUGGAUCGGUAUCUGCAAUUCCCUUUCUCGUUGGACAUGUCUCCAUACCUUUCCUCCUCCAUCAUGAGGAGCAGAUUCGGCAACAGGAUUUUUUCUUUUGAUGGUGAUGAAAUGGAAUACCCAACAGGAUUAUCUCCACAGUUUGAGUUGUUUGCAGUGGUGACACACACGGGCAAGCUUGAUGCAGGUCAUUACGUCACUUAUUUAAGGUUCUGUGAUCAGUGGUACAAGUGUGACGAUGCGUGGAUUACUCAAGUUACCGAUGGAGUUGUGAGAGCCUCUCAGGGAUACAUGAUGUUCUACGUACAGCAGAAGCUAUUCUAUAAAGCGAGUGCCUCUUGAGAUCCCAGAAAAAAGAUGGUCAAUAAGACAACUGAUGUGAAAUUUAGCCUAGGUAUUCUGCACCCUUUGUGGUCUUCUCUUGGCAGAGGGAAUUGUCAGCAGCUCAACUACUGGUGUAUACGGCCUCUUGAAUAGUUAGCGACUAAUGAUUCUUAUUGUUAACAUGAGUGCUGACAGAUCUGACUUUAGCAGCUAGUUAGUUUUGUGAGAGUUCCCUUGUUGAGAGAUGAAAUGCUCUGAAUCGGGAAAUUUUUUGAGGCACUCCUUCAGCAUCUGUUACAAAUUUGUUAUCCAUAAAAAAUAUGUUGAUUUAUGGGAUUAUAAAAGUUCUUUUUUUCCUUUUCGUUUC